AGGGCCCGGCCCGGCCCGGUGCCCGUCGCCGCGUCGGAGGGCUCCGAAGAUGUCCAACAGCAACACGGCCCAGGAGUCCCUGGAAAUUAUGAAGGAAUCGGAAAAAAAGGUGGUUGAGGAGUCUGUGAACAAAACCAAAUAUGUCUCCAGGUCACCAAGCAAGGAGGAGGUGGAGAAGGAUGGGGGGGAGGAGGUCAACGUGCGCCAGGAGUCUCAGAGGAGAACGUCGAGCCACGGACACGCCAGGAAAAGAGCCAAGUCUAAUUCAAAGCUCAAACUGGUCAGGAGCUUGGCUGUGUGUGAAGAGUCCUCGGGCCCCUUUGUGGAUGGGCUGCUGGAGUCCCAGGACAUCAUCCAGCUGCACGUGAGCUGCCCCUCUGACAAGGAAGAGGAAAAAUCCACGAAAGAUGGGGUGGAGAAAGAAGAAAAAGACAAGAAUAAAGAAAAAACCCCAAGGAAGAUGCUCUCUCGAGAUUCCAGCCAGGAAUACACAGACUCCACCGGAAUAGAUUUGCAUGAAUUUUUAGUAAAUACACUGAAAAAAAACCCACGGGAUCGAAUGAUGCUGCUCAAAUUGGAACAGGAGAUCCUGGAAUUCAUUAGUGAUAACAACAAUCAGUUCAAGAAGUUCCCUCAGAUGACCUCGUACCACAGGAUGCUGCUGCACCGGGUCGCUGCCUAUUUUGGGAUGGAUCACAACGUGGACCAGACUGGGAAGGCUGUCAUCAUCAACAAGACCAGUAACACACGAAU